AUGAUUUUAUUGAUUCUAUAUUAUGUUUAUAAAUGGAUGACAGUACCAUGGUCUUAUUACGAAAGUGCAAGAAGUCGACGUUUGAUUCAUUUCCACGCCACGUAUCACAAUAACAACAACAACAAUAAUAAUAAUAAAAAUACAUCCAAUAUGGAAGAUGGAAAGAAAGGCAAAGCAUCACCUUCGUCUAGUUGGUUAAGACAAGAACAAAUGGCAACUGAACUCCGACGACAUGAAUUGAUGGGGUUGAUAUGGGUCUUGGCUUCACCUGCAGUAGCUGGAUAUACUUUACAAUAUAGUCGAUAUUUCCUUAGUGAUUAUGAACGAUAUAUGAGUUCAUUCAACGUGGCUGUUUUUGUUCUUGCUGCUUCAUUGAAACCUCUCUCUCAUGUCAUGCUUCUUUUACGUGAAAGAACAAUGUAUCUACAAAGUGAAAUCCAAGUGAAUGAAACUCAGGUACAACAAUUACAAAAGAAAUUGGAUAUUAUGGAAGAUGAACUAUAUUCUUUACGACAAGCUUUUGCCACCAAAAAGGAUUUGGGUCAAGUCACUGAUGGUCUUAGUCCUACUAUUCAACAACUCACAAAAGCUGUUCGUCGAUUCGAAAAGAAGGAACAUCUCUUACGCUCUUGGUCCGAAGACAAAUUUACUAUGAUUGAUGAAAAAGUACGAGAAUUUGAUCAAUUUAUAUGUUACAAGAUUGAUCAAGAUCAAAGAAUGGCCAAGAAUUCUACUAUUGCUACUUUAGUAUUAUUACCUCUCAAUAUUACUGUGUGGAUCGCCAAAAGUAUGACAGGUCUGCUUCCCGUUCCACGUGCCUUGCUUGGUGCUGCUCCUGUUAGUAAUUCAUCAUCGUCUGCUUCCUUUGAAUUACCUUCCAAUGAUCACAAGCCUUUGACCCAUCGGUCCUCCUCUUCUUCUUCUUUACGUGCUCGCUCAUCUACUGGAAAACAUUUGACUCAUCCCGAUAUAUUAUCUUGCCCCACCACACCCGAUCCUCCCACCGUUGUCUAUUGA